ACCACAUACCACAGUCUCAAAUAGUGUGCGUCCUCGGUUCUAGGCGUUCACCACCAUGUAUAACAUGAUCCCCGCCCUGCUAGUUCUCGCCGGACUCAUUACCGGGGUGCGUGCGGCAGCACCUCCUCCGGUGCCGGUGCCGGUGCCGCCGAAGGUUCCCGCAGCUCCCCCGGCUGCUGCCGGGCCGCUCAAGUACCCCGCAAUCCUUGCUUUCGGUGACUCGAUUAUAGACACAGGUAACAACAACUAUAUCAGGACAAUCGUUAGGGCCAACUUCCCGCCCUACGGCAGGGACUUCCCCGGUCACAAGGCCACCGGCCGGUUCUCGGACGGUAGGAUCAGUGUUGACUUCCUAGCGGCGGCACUUGGUGUGAAGGAGAAUGUCCCGCCGUACCUGAAGAAGGACCUCACCCUCGACGACCUCAAGACCGGUGUCAGCUUCGCAUCGGCCGGGAGCGGCUACGAUAACGCCACCUGCAGGACCAUGUCGGCGCUGACGAUGGAGCAGCAGCUGAAGAUGUUCCUGGAGUACAAGGCCAAGGUGGGGACUAUCCCGAACCAGGCCCUCUACCUCCUCGUGUGGGGCAGCAACGACGUCGUGGAGCACUUCACCUUCGGAGACCCCAUGUCGGUGGAGCAGUACAGCGACUUGAUGUCCCAGCGUGCCAUCACCUUCAUCCAGACACUCAUCAGCCUCGGCGCCAAGAGGAUCGCCCUGACGGGGGCGCCGCCAGUCGGCUGCGUGCCGUCGCAGCGCAUUCUCUCUGGCGGGAUCCGGCGGCAGUGCUCCCCGGAUCGUAACCAGCUAGCGAGCAUGUUCAACAACAAGAUCAAGGGCAAGACGGCCACGCUCGGCGCCAAGCUCCCUGGCGUCACGCUCACAUUCAUCGACCUCUACGCCAUCUUUGAGGACGUGAUCCACCGGCACGAGGCGCUCGGGUUCAAGAAUGCCAGGGACUCGUGCUGCGGUUUCAUUGGGCUGGCGGUGGCCGUGCUCUGCAACUUCGCCAGCCCGGUCUGCGCCGAACCCGCCAAAUACGUCUUCUGGGACAGCUACCACCCCAGCUCCAGUGCCUACAAGGUCAUCAUCGACUUGGUCGUCGAAAAAUACUUCAGAUAGAAUGAACUAGCAGCUAACUAUGAGUGGUAGAGGACCAAGGGGGAAAGGAGGAAAAAUAAAAGGAAGAACGCAGGAUUUUGACCAACAAUCAGUAAGGGGUUGACACGUGUCGCAAAAAUAAAAGGAGGAAAAAUCUGGGACUGACCAACAAUCAGUCCACAGAUUUUGUUUUCAGUUUAGGUCGAAUUUUUUGCCCAAUAAGGGGUUGACACGUGUCGCUGAUAUUUGAGCUGCUGUAUGCAACAAAUUCGACGGAUUCGUUCGAAAGUUGCCUGGACGGCCCGUUUCCAGCGUCCACUUGCCCA